AUGAAUUUUGGAACAUUGUCUGUUGUCCAAACUCUCCUUGAAGCACUGCAAUGUUCUCAACUCAAAGAUGUCUGCUCCAUCUUAGGUUACAAGUCAGAACUCGAUCACCUCUGUGACACGGUCUCUGCUGUCAAGGCUAUGAUCCACAAUGCAGGUGCCCUGCUAGAGGUCCCCCAUGAAGCACAGCUAUUGAUUCAGGAGCUCAAGGAUGUGAUUUAUGAUGCUCAUGAUUUGCUUGAUGAGUUUGUUACUCUUUCUGAGCAGAAGCAGCUCAUAGAAGAUGGCAAAGUUUCUGAAGAGGUGUGUCUCUUUUUCUCUCGUUUCAGCCUGUUUGGUGUUGCUUACAAAAUGUCUCAAGGAGUUCAGAAGAUCAGAGAGAAGUUAGACACUGUUGCUCGUAAUGAUAAUAAGUUUGGCUUUAGUCUUGAGUUCUUACCCAUCAGGAGGAGAAGAGAGAAAACUCGUUCGAAUGUCGGUGCAGAUUAUAUUAUUGGGAGAGAGGAUGAUGUCUUCAAAAUUUUAGGUAUGUUGCUUGAUUCAGAUGAUGCUCACCAGGGUGUUAAAUUCCUUAGUAUUGUGGGACCUGGAGGAUUGGGCAAAACUGCUCUUGCCCGACUGGUGUAUAACCAUGAAAGGGUUGUAAGUGCAUUUUCUCUGAGGUUGUGGACUUGUGUCUCUGACCAAGAUCAGAAACAGUUCGACAUGAAGGAAAUUUUUAAAAAGAUUUUAAGAUCUUGUUCACAGCAGAAGCAUGAUGGCCCAGCAGAUCAGACGCAAGACCAACUUAUGGAGCAAGUGGCAGGAAGGAAAUUCUUGCUAAUUUUAGAUGAUGUAUGGACUGAGAAUCUUGAUCAAUGGCUUAAGUUGGCAGAAUUCUUUAUGGAAGGUAGAAGAGGAUGUUGGAUUGUGGUAACAACACGUUCCAGAGAGACAACAAAAAUUAUAGGAAAUGGUCCUGUAUAUGAGUUGCAAGGCUUAUCAGAAGAGAACUCCUGGGGUUUGUUUGAAAAAAUGGCAUUUGAACAAGAAAUUCCCCCAGAUGACUUAGUCAAGAUUGGGCGAAAAAUCAUUGAAGGAUGUGCUGGCGUACCUCUUGCUAUAAGGGUGGUAGGAAGUCUUCUAUAUGGUCAAGGCAAGAGUAAGUGGAUUUCAAUUCAGGAGUUUGGACUAGCAGACAUCAGAAACAGCAAAGACAUCAUGCCGCUAUUGAAGUUUAGUUAUUGUCACCUUGGAUCUUCGUUGAAGAGUUGCUUCAGUUAUUGUGCAUUGUUUCCUAAAGAUUUUGAGAUAGAAAAGGAGUGGUUGGUUAGCCUUUGGAUGGCACAAGGCUUUGUUGUCCCAUUAGAUGAAUGUCAAAGCAUAGAAGACGCUGGUGAAGAAUAUUUUUCAAUGUUGUUACAGAGAUGUUUUUUUCAAGAUAUACAAAUUGAUGAAUAUGGUGAGGUUGUCUCGUGUAAGAUAAAUGCUCUCAUGCAUGAUAUUGCUGAAGAAUCUGCAGGAGAGGAGAUAAGUGUAGCGAAUCCUUUCACCUGCAACAUGGAUGGAAAAGCUCACCAUCUAUCCGUUAUGAGAAGCAAAUGUACAGUUAAUUUUUUCAGCAAGAGUCAAAUUCGUACCUAUCUUCAGGUUGGCAGGGUGGACCAGUUAUCUACAGAUCAAUUACUGGAAAAUAUGACUUGCCUAAGAUCAUUGGUCUUGAAGGAUUCGGGCAUUCAAAGUCUACCGAAUUCAAUUGAUAAAUUACUACAUUUGAGAUGUCUAGACCUCUCGGACAAUGUAAUUCUGGAAGUGCUUCCUGAAUCAAUUACAAACCUCCAUAAUUUGCAGACAUUAGUAUUAAGAUCCUGCAUCAGAUUAAAAGCGUUGCCAAAAGAUUUGAGCAAGUUGGUUAAGCUCAGGGUAUUGGAUGUAGCGGAAUGUUAUAGGAUUACUUCCAUACCUUCAGACUUGGGUAAGCUGACUUGUCUUCACACACUGACUAAGUUUCCUGUGACAGCAAGUUCAAGUCUAAAGCAAUGCUCUGAUCAACUAGAAGGCCUAAAAGCUCUUAAAAACCUCAAAGGACAACUUGAAAUGCAUAUCCAACUUUCCAAGAAUCUGAAAUAUGUUAGGCAAGACGAUAUGGAAGUAUCGUAUCUAAGGAGCAAGGAUCGUCUCAAUUAUAUUCGGUUUUGUAUUGAACGUGUAGAGAGUGAUGCAAGCAUUGUUUAUGAAGAAGCCAUGCUAGAAGACCUGCAGCCACAUUCGAAUCUCAAGCGAUUGGUGUUAUUUGGGUAUCACUGUGUAAGAAUGCCAGGUUGGGCAAGGGAUUAUAGCUUGGCAACCUUCCUCCCAAAUCUUGUUAGGUUAGAACUAUCAUAUUGUCAUAACUUGAAAUACCUUCCUAUUCUUGCAAGCCUGUAUCAUCUGAAAUUCCUCUCUAUUUUCUACCUGCCAAAUUUGGAGUACAUGGAUUCUUUUGAGCCAGGGUUAAGUGAACAAAAUCUCCUUUUCUUUCAUUGUCUUGAAGAGCUUCGGUUAUGCAAGCUGCCAAACUUGAAAGCAUGGCAUAAAGAAGAGGUGGUAGGAGAUUAUCUGCGCGUUGGUGGCAUCCGAAAGCAAACAUCUCUAUCAUCAUUUCCCUGUUUUCCGCAGUUGAAAUUAUUGCAUGUACGAGAAUGCCCGGGAAUGACCUCAGUUCUGUUGUGUCCAAUGAUUGAAGAUCUGGAACUGUACAUUUUUAAUAGAACACUGCAAAUAAGUGUGAUAAGAAAGAGUUGGGAUGAGAAAUGGGAGGUCACUUCAUCCUCUUGUCAAUCAUCAUCACUGUCAGAUGCUAAAAUUUUGAGUCUUCCUAAACUACAAUCCCUGAAUACAGAUAACAUAGAAUGGUACAAAUCGCUCCCAACAGAAGUUUUCCAGUGUCUUAAUCGUAUUUGUAUAUACUGGGACAAGGAGCUGGAGAGUUUGUCACAAGUUGAGGAGGUUUUUCAUAGCUGCUCGUCUUCUCUGCAAAUCCUGAUAAUAUGCCUUUGUCCUGAACUAAGAAGUCUUUCUGGAGGGUUGAAGCAUCUCACCGCCUUGGAAACACUGGUUUUAGAAUAUAUACCCAAUCUCUUCACCAGCCCUGAAUCAGAAGAGGAAGAUGGAAUACCAUGGAGAUCCCUUCAUCAAUGCCUCCGUUCCUUGGAAUUGAGGGAACUCCCAAAGCUGGUGAAUCUACCAACAGGAAUGCAGUACUUAACUAACCUCCGUAUCCUUAGAAUUUGGGAGUGUGAAGAGUUGCACUCCCUACCUGCUUGGUUACAGAAACUUACUUCUCUGAGGCAGCUAGAUGUUCGAGGCUGUCCUCACCUGUAUGAAAGAUGUCAAAAUCCGAAUGGGGAGGAUUGGUCCAACAUUCAACACAUCCCACAUGUUUCAAUUAGAUAGUGAUCGAAUCACUUCAGUACUUCUGCUGCUAUUAGCAGGUCUAGUU